AUGACAUCCGGACUCCUCAUCGCGCAACUCGCCCUCUACGCCCCCCUAACACUUCCAACUCUCUACCUCUUCUUCCGCCAUGGCUACCACGGCCUCCUCGCCUGGCUCUACCUCCUCGCCUUCUGCGUUCUUCGCGUAACCGGUGCCGCCAUGGGCCUCAACGAUCCGCAUAACGUAGGCGCCCAGAUAAUAUCCAGUAUCGGGCUCUCGCCGCUGCUGCUCUCGAUAGACGGAGUGUUGCAUGAGGCGAGAAUCUACUGUUUAUCCCCGAGUAAACGAACCGAAUGGACGUUCAUGGCGCUCAUACAUGUCCUCGUUGCGACGGGGGUGGCAAUGGUUGGGGUUGGUGCUGGCGGGUUGUUGGGCGAUACGCCUAAGCCCAGUGAUUUAUCCAAUAUCAAGGUCGGUAUGGUGCUGUUGGAGGUUGCGUGGGGUGUGCUCGCUUUGUGGGGGCUGUGGACUCUUUGGAAUGGGACGGGUGGGGGGAGGAAAAGUACUGGAAACCGAGAUGUACCGGCGGGCUUGGCCGCGAGGGAGGGGUGGUUGCUCCUAACCGGCACCCUCCUCGCCCUUGCCCUCGUCGAGAUUUCAGUGGUAUAUAUGCUUAUCGCGGAAUUCACACAGCGCGCGGAUCUAAACCCGAUGACAGGGAGUUUGGCUGUUCGCGUUGUGUUGGGGUUUUUCCCCGAGUUGCUCGCGGCGAUUGUUUUGGUGUUCGCUGGGUUUGUGACCAGGAGAGCGGGUGAAAAGGCGCUCGAGCUCGAGAAAUGGGACUCGGUCGCAUUCGAGGUCAUAUUAGCCUUCGCAUUCGCACUCUGCUGGGCGAAGUAG